GCAGCAGCUGGAGAUGAUGCAGGGAGGGCUGCUCAGUUGGGGCUGGAAGGUGAGGAGGACAGGGCUGGGCUGGCCGCCUUGUGGAGAUAGCAGGACAUGUUGAGGAAGAGUCAGGCCAGGGAUGCAAAGUGUGAGGAGAAACUGCAGCGCCCUGCAUGGCCUCAGCUCCCUUCUGAGGCCACGUUGACAUGAGUGCUUUCAACAAGCCCUCGAGGGAAUCUCUGCUGCUUGCAGCCAAAAAGUACUGACCACUGGAAGAUCCAGUCCCUGUGAGGGGAUAGAGGCAUGGCAGCCAUCAGAAGGCAGGCAAACCCCAGAGAAGGAGGCCACGGAGGUGGCAGUGGACGACUGGUGUGCGAUCUCAGCACCACAGGUUACUGGUUUUGUGGCAAGAUGUGGACCUGCUGACAGCUUGGCUUCCUCGUCUGCAGAGUGUGACAGUGACAUUCCCUGCCUCAUUAGACAGAUGUUAGGAUACAGUGAGGUGGGUGCUGACCCCAUUCUGGACACGUAGCAUCGAUGAACACUAGCUCUUACUGGAUCGUUCCCUUAUGCUGGGAGGAAAGAAAGGAUUUGGAUUUCGUCUGUCUAGAAGUCCAGCUAUCUGCAUGUGUGUUCGGAGGACGUUCUCGUAUCUCAGGAGUGAAACCAGAGCAUCCCCUGUACAUCUUUCCCCUACCUCCACUCAUAGCCUCGGAUUCUCUGCACAGCUUUAGGUAAAGGAGCUGAUGGGGAAUCGGAUGCCUCACCACGUGUCCUCACUCUGGGGCCCGAGCUUAGACUAACUUCAGGUUCAGCUGAGAAGGCCUCUGAACUGUGACCCCACGCCGUGGCCGCCUGCGUCGGAGCUGCUACCUGCCCUUUGCCCUUCUCGAGGCCAGUGCUUGCCUGGAGGAGGGCUGGCAGCAGAAAUGCAGCUGACCAGGUUGCAUUUUCCGUACAGCCUACUCAAGGGGAUACCCGUGGAGACUCAUUUCUCGUUUCAGUUUUCAAUGAUUUGGUGGAGAAGCUCCUCUGGUGAAUGGACUUGAGAUUUCUUGGAGCUGCACUGCGGGUCCACAGUGUGGCUUUCGGCCCGUGCUACGCUGGUACUUGCACUUCCUCUGGCGGGGCACGGGGUGGCGCUCCCGGGUAAGGCAGCGACCGGCGGAGCCGUGAGCGAGGCGCUGCCUCUCCGGCUGAAGCCAGAUCCAAGGCCACCGUGAGGGGGACCCGCCAUCCAGUGAGAAUAUGGCUCGUCACCUUGGAUACCAAUGUUUUACCCCAGGGAUUGGUCACUCCUGCUGCUGUCAGCACUGUAAACACUGCUGGGGGGAGUCGGCCCAAGUCCCCACCCCCAGCCAGGUCUCAGAGGGGAUCAUCCUUCAGGCUCGGAGGGGCCUGCCUGUCACUGCACCCCCAACCCUAGCUCAGGGGCUGUAGAACUCGAGAUACCAUCCUGUUUCUCCUGGCUGAGGAAGGAAAAGGAACAUCCACACCUUCCGUACUCGCCCAUUCUGUGUCCCCGGGGCCUGGAGUAAAGACACCUUCAAAUGCAGAGGCUCUUCAAACUCAGCUUUCCUGGAAACUGAUCUUCAAUGCACUAAGAGAAGGAGACUCUCAAACCAAAAAUGACCUGGAGGCACCAUGCCAGGUUUCUGUUUACAGUCAGUUUGGCAUUACAGAUCAUCAAUUUGGGAAACAGCUAUCAAAGAGAGAAACAUAACGGCCGUAGAGAGGAAGUCACCAAGGUUGUCACUCAGAAGCACCAACAGUCACCGCUCAACUGGACCUCCAGUCAUUCCGGGGAGGUGACUGGGAGCGCCCAGGGCUGGGGGCCAGAGGAGCCCCUCCCCUACUCCCGGGCUUUCGGAGAGGGUGCGUCCGCGAGGCCGCGCUGCUGCCGGAACGGCGGCACCUGCGUGCUGGGCAGCUUCUGCGUGUGCCCGGCCCACUUCACCGGCCGCUACUGCGAGCAUGACCAGAGGCGCAGUGAAUGCGGUGCCCUGGAGCAUGGCGCCUGGACCCUCCGCGGCUGCCACCUCUGCAGGUGCGUCUUCGGGACCCUGCACUGCCUCCCCCUCCAGACGCCUGGCAGCUGUGACCCCAAAGACUUCCUGGCCUCCCCACCACUCCAGGGCGCGGCGCCGGGGGCGCGCCCAGCCUGCUGCUCCCUGGCUGCCUCCCUGCGCGGCUCCUGCACACCCUGCGCGCCGGACGCGCCCCGCCGCACCCCUCGGCUCCCUCGUGCCUUCCGUCCCCUGCAGCGGGAGCGGCGCCCCCUGCGGGAAGGCGCGGACCUGGCCAUCGCCUAUCUCAUUUUCACCUGUUGUACAUAAUUAGGUCGUGUUUAGUCUUACCGUAAGCUGAAGCACUGGCUGGAUAUUUUUACUGGAUAAUAAACAUUUUCAUGAAAAUGCGCC